CAGGGCCCGCUGCACUGUGGGUAGGCGGCGGCAGCGGCGGCGGCGCGGAGCGGCAGGCGGCGGAGCGAGGCCGCGCGCGCAGAAGAUGGCUGAGAAGCAGAAGCACGACGGGCGGGUGAAAAUCGGACACUACGUGCUGGGCGACACGCUGGGCGUCGGCACCUUCGGCAAAGUGAAGAUUGGAGAACAUCAAUUAACAGGCCAUAAAGUGGCAGUUAAAAUCUUAAAUAGACAGAAGAUUCGCAGUUUAGAUGUUGUUGGAAAAAUAAAACGAGAAAUUCAAAAUCUAAAACUCUUUCGUCAUCCUCAUAUUAUCAAACUAUACCAGGUGAUCAGCACUCCAACAGAUUUUUUUAUGGUAAUGGAAUAUGUGUCUGGAGGUGAAUUAUUUGACUACAUCUGUAAGCAUGGACGGGUUGAAGAGAUGGAAGCCAGGCGGCUCUUUCAACAGAUUCUGUCUGCUGUGGAUUACUGUCAUAGGCAUAUGGUUGUUCAUCGAGACCUGAAACCAGAGAAUGUCCUGUUGGACGCACACAUGAAUGCCAAGAUAGCUGAUUUUGGAUUAUCUAAUAUGAUGUCAGAUGGUGAGUUUCUGAGAACUAGUUGCGGAUCUCCAAAUUAUGCAGCACCUGAAGUCAUCUCAGGCAGAUUGUAUGCAGGUCCUGAAGUUGACAUAUGGAGCUGUGGUGUUAUCUUGUAUGCUCUUCUUUGUGGCACCCUCCCAUUUGAUGAUGAGCAUGUACCUACAUUAUUUAAGAAGAUCCGAGGCGGUGUCUUUUAUAUCCCAGAAUAUCUCAAUCGUUCUGUCGCCACUCUCCUGAUGCAUAUGCUGCAGGUUGAUCCACUAAAACGAGCAACUAUCAAAGACAUAAGAGAGCAUGAAUGGUUUAAACAAGAUUUGCCCAGUUACUUAUUUCCUGAAGACCCUUCCUAUGAUGCUAACGUCAUUGAUGAUGAGGCUGUGAAAGAAGUGUGUGAAAAAUUUGAAUGUACAGAAUCAGAAGUAAUGAACAGUUUAUAUAGUGGUGACCCUCAAGACCAGCUUGCAGUGGCUUAUCAUCUUAUCAUUGACAAUCGGAGAAUAAUGAACCAAGCCAGUGAGUUCUACCUCGCCUCUAGUCCUCCGUCUGGUUCUUUUAUGGAUGAUAGUGCCAUGCAUAUUCCCCCAGGCCUGAAACCUCAUCCAGAAAGGAUGCCACCUCUUAUAGCAGACAGCCCCAAAGCAAGAUGUCCGUUGGAUGCACUGAAUACGACUAAGCCCAAAUCUUUAGCCGUGAAAAAAGCCAAGUGGCAUCUUGGAAUCCGAAGUCAGAGCAAACCAUAUGACAUUAUGGCUGAAGUUUACCGAGCUAUGAAGCAGCUGGAUUUUGAAUGGAAGGUAGUGAAUGCAUACCAUCUUCGUGUAAGAAGAAAAAAUCCAGUGACUGGCAAUUACGUGAAAAUGAGCUUACAACUUUACCUGGUUGAUAACAGGAGCUAUCUUUUGGACUUUAAAAGCAUUGAUGACGAAGUAGUGGAGCAGAGGUCUGGUUCCUCAACACCUCAGCGUUCCUGUUCUGCUGCUGGCUUACACAGACCAAGAUCAAGUUUUGAUUCCACAACUGCAGAGAGCCAUUCACUUUCUGGCUCUCUCACUGGCUCUUUGACCGGAAGCACAUUGUCUUCAGUUUCACCUCGCCUGGGCAGUCACACCAUGGAUUUUUUUGAAAUGUGUGCCAGUCUGAUUACUACUUUAGCCCGUUGAUCUGUGUCUAGUUUCUUUGUUAUUGCACUAUGAAAAUCAGAUAUAUUCUUUAAAUUUUUAUCUUACUUUUGGAUAGUAUCCACUGCAAUACUAAUUGAGAGACAUGAAUUAUGUCCAGGGGACAUUGAAAUUACUGAAAACAAAAUCUCUGACAUCUUAUUUACUUGUAGAAAUCUGUAAUUCUAUUGUGCCUAUGAUAAAUUCACAUAGGCAGUAUCUUUAAUAGGUUAAUAUUGAUGAAGAUUUUUAAUUACAAUAAUGAGUUCACUACAGAUGAUUAACACACCACACUGGCAAACCAUCUCAAUGUAAGGGUGGUUUGGCAACACCUCCUUGCUUUACUGUUUGGUGUAGGUAAAUCCAGUUUACUUCCUAAAUUUCAGUAGGCUUUAUGCUGUGUAUGCCCCCAAUUUAUUUUAACAAAAGAAGAUUAAAAAGUAAAAGAACCACGAGUAAGAUAUUUAAAUGUUGAAAUCUUAAAAACCUGCCCCCAAGGUUUCAGAAGCCAAGUUCUUUUAACGGUAUUUUUACAAAUACUGCCUAGUAUAUUCAACAGGAGGACUGUGGUCAUGUCACAAGUAGCCACAAUUUUCAGGUUUCUUAAAAGCAGCUGUAACUGACUCAGGAUUUUAUCUUGAGAUUUCCCUGAAUAAUAUAUUUAUCUUAAGAGCCUUCAAGUUUCAAAUUAGUAUUGGAACACCUGGAAUUGCAACAACUUUUAUCUUUUACAUAUACUUACGUCUUUUAAAAAAUGUCUUCAAAACCUACCUUUCUCAAAUUCGUUUGGCUCUAUUUAUUUUUGCAUUUCACCAACAGUGAUAAAGUAGUUAAAUGAAACAAAGCAAGGUAUCAACAGUCCCUUAAAUGAGAAUUAUCUUUGAUCUUUAUUUUGUGUGUUAGGUGUUAGGGUCCUGGUGCAUCUCAUAAUGCUAAUUCUUCAUGGCAAGCCACUCCCUUCACCCCACCUACCCUAGUCACUCUUGUCUUUGUUCAUUGUUUGAUCCUCAGUGGUUGGUGGGUACAGCUUUGAAUCUUUUCUAGUUCCAAGUUUGAAAACACUCUUCUGGCCCUAAGGGCUUUUGUACACUUCCAAAGCUUGAUAGGCUGUGACCUUCACUGUUGAACCUGAUAGGGCAGGGAAGCUUUGAACAUCAAGAAAAAAUUUUUCUCUUAAGUAAAUAAAUAUGUGUAUUCACAC